CGCAAGAUGUUGACAGAUGCCUCACCGUGUGAGACCACGGACAGUGUCAAUGCUGCUACGGUAGAGGACCCCUUGCCCUACUACACUUGUGACACUGGGACACAGUGUAUUUCGAAGCCCCUUGGAAGGUCUCACGGCUCAAUGGCAGCAGUAAAACUGGAGGGUAUCAUCACAAGGACAUCCUUACUGAAGGAUGUUCGACAGCUGUCUCCGCAGCACCAGACUUACUCCCUUGAAGCCUUCCACUCACUGAUCCUGCACUUCGCGCCCAAGCACACUGGGUUUUCAUACCAUGGCAUGUAUAGCAGGCUUCUCUUAGCGGCGCUGCAUUACAACUGUAAUGCGAACAGAGAGACCGCACGAAGAAGCGAUGGUUUGGAGAGGUAUAGCGUGCGAUAUCCACGUUUCAGAAAAGGUGCCUGGGUAGUUGUUCCCAUCAAAGAGAAGGCCUCAUACGGUUAUGCAACGUCAUUAAUCGAGGCCCUUCGGGAGAGCUACAUGGAUUCACCCAAGGCUCUUCAAGAGGUUAGUGUGAAUUUGUCAGCCUGUGCACCCGCCCCCAUCGCCAAAUCCUUCCAACAAAUUCCCAAGGAGGAGGCCGUCAGCCUCCAUCUAGCCCAGCAGUUACGCUACAAAAAAUUUAAUUAGAAUAUUUUCUUUCCCAGACAGGUCCAAUCAUUUAGUUGUGAGUAUGUAUGUAUGUAUAUAGUAAGUAUGUUAUUUUAUUUGGUGGUGGUUUUCUGUAUGCCGCAUGUUUUGUUUUCUCUUUGUGUGCUGUUUAUUGCUUGGGUUUUUUGAUUGUUCCAGGAAGUUUAUUAUAACCCUACAUUUUAACCCCUUGCGCUGACCCUAACAUCUCUGUCGACUAACAUUAUCUCUUGGUUAUUUAUGGCUGUAACCCAUUCAUUCCUUUAUCAGCAUCACCAUGGUUACCGCCUCACUGCAUGUCGCAUGUUUUGUUUUUAUUGCUUGGGUUUUUUACUUAGUUGUGUGCACAAAUCAUUCCUUUACAGCUCCAU